ACCUAUAAGACCUAGAGUGUUAAAGUUUAUUUAUUUUUGUGUACAAUUUGGAUGUAAUUUUAAACACCAUUUUUAUAAUUUUAAAUGACAAUGAAUGCAAGUGGGAAAAUCAAUUAUGCUGGUCGUAAUCCGAAGAAAAGGCGUUUUAUUAAAAACAAUAUCUCGAUAAGUAAGGUAAAGGCUGAAAACACUAACGAUGUAAGUAAAGAAAAUGUUUUUGCUAAUAUUGCUCACAAAAAAUCAAGUGGAGCUAACAACUGGGCAAAGUUUUCUGAGUUAUUAUGCAAGAAAAAAGACUCUCAGAAGCCGAAGCCUCUUCCUCAUAAAAAUAGGGAUACAAAGUCAACCUUGCCAUUAGGCAUAGAUGAUAAACAACCAUCUAAAUUCAACAAUAGGCCUACAACUUCUGCCAUAAGUAAAGAGAGUCAAAAAUCUAUUUUUUACUCUCAGACAGAAACAGGAUCUUCAAAUACUCAACUUCAAACUAAAGCUAGUGUCACUUCUGAAAUUACAAAACCAAAACUAACAAAGCACAUAGCUAUGGACUGUGAAAUGGUUGGUGUGGAAAUUGGUGUCAAUAAAAAUAUGUUAGCUAGAAUUUCACUUGUUAACUCAAAUGGAGAUUGUGUGUACGAUAAAUUUGUUAAACCAACUGAGCCUGUAUUAGAUUAUAGAACUAAAGUAAGUGGGGUAAGGCCCAGGGAUUUGGAGAACGCCACAGAUUUCAAAAUAGUCCAAAAAGAGGUAUCGGACAUUUUAAAAUCCCGCAUUUUAGUUGGACAUGCUCUGAAAAAUGAUCUAAAGGUACUUUAUCUAUCUCAUCCUAAACAUUCUAUGCGGGAUACAUCAAAAUUUAAAAAAUUCCGAGAAGGGAAAACUCCAGCAUUGAAAAAAUUGGCUAAAAAGUACUUAGGAGCAACAAUCCAAGAAGGAGAACAUAGUUCUGUUCAAGAUGCUUUUGCAGCUAUGCAGCUGUAUAAAAUGUUCAAGAAAGAAUGGGAAGCAAGUAUCUAUUCCAAGAAACAUCAAAUUAAAAAAUGCAACAAAAAUAAACCUCAACAUUUCACAUCAAAGGAAUCUGUUGAAGUCAUAUAAAAUGACAAAGAGUUCAUAAACCUCCUAAAAUGUGAUUACACUGGUGUAUUUUUCUUAAAACCAGUAAGGUAAGAUUAUUUGUUCAUAAAUAAAUGUAAAAUGUUGCAAACUGUAAAA